UUCAAUUUCAGCGCAAGUAAGGUAUAUUCUUGGUGAGUAUACAACAACAACCUGCGAAGCCAUGGAGGCAUUCGGAAUUACAAAAGAUAAGCUAAGCAUGCUGGAGCAGUUCAUUAAACUUAUCAAGUUCAACACUUCAAUUCUCCAUACACCUGAAUUGAAAUUCCUUAAAGACUGGCUUGUUGAUGACAUGAAAGCAACAUUGCCAGAUCCGCCUGCAACUGAAGCUAAUGGUGACAAACCAUCAUAUGCUGAAGCUGCUUCAGGAAAGUCAGCAUGGUCAAAGAAGGAAAGUUCUGAGGAAGAGGAGGAAGAAGAAGAUGAGGAAAGUGAUCUUGAUAUCGACAUGGAAGGAGUGAUUCCUGGUGAUACUGAUCCACCUCAAGACAUGGGCGAUGACUCAAAAGAAGCAACGGAAGAGGAGCAGGAUGAGGCUAUGAAGAUGAGAAGACUGGGCAUGGAAGCAAUGAGUAAUGGAGACAACGAAGGAGCUAUUGAACAUUUUACUGCUGGAAUCAAAUUGGAUAAUACGAAGACUGUUCUAUUUGUAAAGAGAGGAACAGCAUACUUACGGUUGGCAAAACCAAAUGCUGCCACACGUGAUGCAAAGAAGGCACUUGAAAUUAACCCAGAUUCUGCAGCUGCAUACAAGGUUCUUGGUAAGGCUGACAAAUUUCUUGGAAAUUGGGCAGAGGCUUGCCACAACUUUGAAGUCGCCCAAAAGAUUGAUUACGACGAUGAAAUUCAUGAUUUGUUAAAGGAAAUCAAACCAAAGGCAACAAAAAUUCGAGAACACACAAUGGCGCGUGAGAGAAAGAAGAAAGAAAAGGAAAUCGCGGCAAGAAUAAAAAGAGUAAAGAAAGCUCAAAAGGCGCAGGAGAAAGCAAAAAAAGAACAAGAAGAACGAGAAAGGGCGGAGGCUGAACGAAUGAGAAAGGAAAUGCCGGGAAUGUUCAAUUUCACCGGUGCUCAGGACAUGCCGGAUUUUUCGAGCUUUGCGAAGCAGAAAUCAAAUGAAGCCCCCGACCUUGGCCAAGAUAAAAUGGAAGAAACUGAAGACGAACCGAAGAUUUUUGAAGUUCCCACCGACAUUGACCUCGACUGAACAACCGCGCAUGUGUCGUAUUUGAACGCUGAUCGUGACGUUUCCGAUACCAUAUUAGUUGUACAAAAAGUCAAAAUUGCUGAGCGAUAAUAUGUUGCAACUGAAUUUCGUUUGUUUACCAACCACGAUUUGUUUUUUGACCGAAACGUUUCUUGUUUGAAUGUGUUGUAUUACAAAUGUUUUACCACCAAUAGACGCUAGUGAGUUGUCUAAUCAUGCAUGUGUGUUAAACUAAAUAUAUGCUUUGGUACACUA